GCUGUACAACAUGCGUGUGGAAGACACAGCAGAUAUCGACUGGGACGAGGUCGCUCAGACUAUCGGCAAAGUGACUCCUGUGUGUGUUCAAAAGAGUUUCUACAGACUGAAAGUAUCCAGAGUUCCCAACUGGACCAGUUUAUCCUACGGAGAGACCAUCGACUUCCUAAAGCAGAGAGUGACUCCUCUCCUGGAGGAGAAACUGAGGAGGCGCGGCAGAAAGAGGAAACGGGAGGAGGCGCAGGAGGAGAACCUCUUCCUGCUGUCUGACAUCGUCUCCUCCCACGACGAAGACGACGACGACUACGUGGAGCUGGACAACAGUCAGCUGACCUCCGGCCAACCAGGACGCAGAUCAGGACGCAGACGGUUAUAGAGACAUCCUCCGUCCACACAAAGGAUUGUGAUUGGCUGUCACCUCCGUGGACUGACUUUCUGUCAGCUGGGACUAAACCGUUUUCAGACAGUGGACCAGUUCACAUAUUCUUUAUGUAAAAGUCAAAUAUUGAUUUUCAUAUUUGAACAUCUGAGUUUUUUGAAGUGAAAUAUGUUUGCCAUUAAGAGUUUUCAUUUAUAAACCAGUGUGUCGGGUCAUGUGUCCACAUUCAAGCUGAGCAGGAGCCGGAUCGCUCCACGCCGUCUACACCUUUUGGAGACGAACUAUGAAUCUGUCAAACAUCUGGAAUCCAUUCAGAAAUUGACCCAAACUGUAUUGUCUUCAUUUCUCCUUUUGAUUUCCGACAGUCAGGAAGUGCAUUGCUUACAAAUAACACAAACAACACAAACCAUGUCAGCGCUCAGUUCCACCUGGAGCAGGAGGGAAACCUGAACCUGAACCAGGUUAUGACCCAAUUUAAGCCCAGAAAUUGAUUUCACGGGUUAAACUCAAUUAAAAG